AGAGGAAAUGUAUAGUGUUUAGGAGAACAAUGACCAGCAUUCACAAAUGCUUUGAAAAGAAACAAUAAAAGUCAAGCAAUCAUGUCAAACAUUGCAUAUGACCACUGUCAUGUAACUUAACACUGUUUGAAGGUCAACAGUUCACUAGACAAGAUUCAUUUCGUUGACCUUAUUCUUAUAAGUUUAGACCACGGUCUGUAAGCGUGAAACUGUUCCGAAUUGUCAAACGCAUUUAAAGAAAUUUCGUUUUUUCUGUGAUCUCAUUUGUUAUUCGUUAGCAAAAUAUCUAUAAAAGAGAACUGUGCUAACCACUGUGUGAUACUUGUACAUGAUAUUGUCCUUGAUUGACAAUCAUCUAAACUCAAGAACCCUGUGAACAUGUUGGUUGUGGAUAAUGUCGAUGGAAGACAUCUUGAUUCCACACAUCACUGUCAAUCUCUCCACACAAUAGAUGCCGAAACGUUAGCAAUCCCAAAUUUAAUACGGUCAAAGAAAUCAUUCAUCAUGUUGAUAGUGUUGAUUCUUUCGUUUAUGUUAGUCGAUGAUGCUUCAGCAUUGAGCAGGUCUAAUUUUUUUGAAUUUGAUUCGCAGUAUACAAAUAUGUUAACUACUAGUGCAACUGAAAAUAUCGGCGAUGACAAUAAUGUGUCGAUUCAUUCAUCAGAGGAUUUUAGAUUACCACGUACAUUGUUUCCACAUCUCUACGAUUUGUCAAUUCAAGUCCAUUUGCAUGAUAACAAGUCACAAGCAUUUUUCUUCAAUGGAUCUGUGACAAUAAAAGUUUUCUGUAAUGUGUCAACAACCGAGUUCUUCGUACAUGCAUCCGAUAAUCUGAAUGUGAGCUUGGAUCAAAUCCAUGUAAGCUAUAGUUUUCAAACUGACGUUUAUUGGAAAAUAAUCCGUUCUUUGAAAUGAAGAUAAAGUCAACUGACGAACUCAUAUAAUGCAAGGGUACCCAAUAAAAACGAAACAUUCACCCACAUUUAUGUCAUCGUUUGUGUGGAAAGUAUCCUUUAUUUCAUGAACAUUUUUAAUUUGACUGUUUUUCAAUAAAAACUGGUUCCUAAUCGGAAUAUCUCGCUGAACUAAAUAAAUUGACAUUUUGAUAAGUUGUAAGUGGACAUUCAAAUGUCUUAACCAAGUAAACUUGGAAGUCGAUAACAUCGUGUGAAUGAAUUAAUAAUAUUGUUGUCUCUGUCAACCGAAUUUUACAUGAUCGACCAAAUGUCUACCACGUAUGUGAUAAUAAUAUGACUGUUAAAAAUUAUUAUUCAUCAUUAACUGAAAGUCAGAACUUAGAUAAAGUUUAUUCAACAAAAUGUGUUUUCAGAAUCAUCGUUAUAAUGUUUUAUUUGACAGUGAUUCAAACAGAAUUUUGACCAGACUGAAGUUCAAGUAGAAACUCGCUUCUAAUUAAUCUCCAAUUAUAUCGUAGUGAACAAAAACACCAGUGGGGACAAUCGAAUGUUUUAGCCAGGAAAUCACAGAACCUGUUAUUAAAUUUGCAAAAUGACCAUCAAUUGUCCCAAAAUGACUCAGACCUCGUUGUUCUUGCAUUUUCAAACAAAUUGCAUUCUGUUUCCAUUAUUUACUGUUCGAUCCACCUGUCUCUCUGCUACCAGACAUUCUGUUCCUGAUUAUCAUCAUAUACUGCUCUUGUCAACAUAAGUAGAACACACCACAAAAUGAUCCAAGUCAGAACACAAUUACAUCAUUGUAUUUCUCAAAUUAUUUGAAAACAAUAUUGUCUGAUACAACUUGCAAGUAAAGUUGUACGAAAGGAAACAAGAGUGGCAACUACUUAAACGUAAAAUGUUAACUGAAGGUUAUUUUACUAAAACAAACAAUAUCAUAUACAGGAAAAAAACUCAUUUUUAAACAAAUUAAGCGACACUAACCUAAGAAAUUUGAAUUUAUUCAGCGGGUCAACCAACUGAUUUUAUCAAAUAGCAUAAGAUUCUUUAAUGACUCACAUUAACUCGGCGCCCAAAUAUUGGGAAACUAUUCGCUCAUAUUUAGACGAAAGUUCUUAUUUAGCAUAGCAUUCGAAAUUUAUGAUCCAAAACGGAUCCCUUGAAAAUACCAAAAUCACCGCUUUUUAGUAGUACAACUAAGAAGCACAUUUAAGACUAAAUCCACUUGGUAUUGUUUACUUAAAUGUUCCCAUUGAUGUUUAGAACUGCAAUUGAUCAUUUUCUUAUAUGCACAUGUACAUACUGUGAGCAUUGUCUGGAUAUUGUACGAAUUCACAAGCAUUAUAAGUAAGGAUGGAUAGUGGCUAGCAGUGAAAUCCCGGACGCACGUUUGUCCUAUUCCGGACUCGUCAGCUGGAUGUACUGUCCAUCAGCAUUCCUCAUCCUACUGUGUCAUAAACAAUCCUUUCUAGUUCUUUCCACUCCCUAUUCGUCCAGUCAGUGUUUUCUUGUAAUACUUGAUUCAGUGUACUGUUUGAUCUUCAUUUCUUCCGUUUCCAUUCACGAUGCCAAAUUGGUACUUGCCUCGUGAUGCAGUUUGAUGAUUUCCACAAUAUAUUUCUUAUCCAAUUCCAACGUCUUUUCCUAAUUUCUUGUCCACCUGGAAACUAGUUUGUCGUCUUCCUCAGUAGGCUUCUUUUCAUUUUAUCUGGACAAACAAUAUUGAGUACCUUUUAAAGAUAAUUGUUUAUAAAAGUUUGUACUCGUUUGAUGAUGGCUGUGGUAGUUAUGCAAUUUUCAGCUCAGUACGAUAGGACUGUUUUGAUGUUCUGUACAGGUUGGUUCAAUGCGUUUCACUGAGUCCGAGUAUCACUCCUCAUUUCCGUAGCUAUUUAGCCAGUUCUCCCGGACUCCCCUAUUGUCCAUACAUUCCAUGUAACUAUACUAAUAGUUGCUCUGGUUGCAGGAAGGUGAAUAGGCCUCGUGCCUUCUGAGGAAUCCCGGUUUUAACCAUGAGGCAUCCUAACUCUUCUAGUUAAAUAUCCCUAAACUGGGAGGCCAGAGUUUAAAUGGUUCAAAUGAUGAUUAUGUGUAGUCAUGUUUUACCAAGGUUGUUUUCUGUGGCACGUGGUGGCUAACGUUAUAACUCACACUCCUCAUUUAUCCGGGUUCGCAACGAGGAGUAACCCUAAAAGAGCUACAGACAUAAGAGAUUUUUGUUCGUAUUAUUCUUCUUCUUUCACAUUAGAUAAUCCGACUUUCUACAUAAACGGAAAUAAAUUACCAUCUAUUCAAAAUGUGAAUUUUCUUUGUGAUCAAAUAUAAAUAUUGUCACUUUACAAUAUUUACCGUCUCUGCUUUUUGAAAACAGAUGUCUCCUCUUCAUGAAAAAAAUCAAACAAGUUCUAUCAUUGAAAUAGAAGACGUUAGUUACUUUAAAGGUGCUGAGUGUUAUCGAAUUAAACUCAAAACGCCUUUGCAACCAUAUACUUAUUACAACCUGACAUUUGGACAGUUUCGUUCUGAUAUGGACUAUGAUUCUGAUGGACUGUAUACUAGCAGAUAUUUGGAGAAUGGGAUUUACAAGUGAGUCUCGAUUCAAGACAUAUAUGUACAGGUUUAUUUGGUGUCGGGUACCAACUCAAUGGUGACCGCAAAUAACACAAUCAUUUGCAUACAUGCUUGAACAGUGAUGAUCAACGCUUAACAAUCACUUCAGAAUACACGUUUAUUUGCUCACUGUGUUUUAGUUAAGAAAUGCAUUUAUUCACUACUAACUUGACAAUGAAAAUUCUUCUCUGGGAACACAAUAUAUGUCUACUAAUGUGUGACAUGUCCACUAGUCAUCAUAUCGUAACUAUGAUCAGUAUUAUUACAUGGUUUACAAUUCCAUUUGGUUUUCCAUAGAGACAUAGGUACCGAUAAGUAAUAGUUCGUGGAAGGUUUAGAAAGACUGGUGAAUUUUUGCUGUCUUAUCAAUAUAAAAUAAUAAAUGUGGAUUAUUCCAAAUAGCGUAUAAACGUGAUGAUAACAAAUUCACAAGUCAUCGAAGAUGAGUCAAAACUUUUCACGUCAACGAAAAUAUGAUUGUUUAGAUGUACUGAGCAACACAGUGGAUGACACAAUGACUUUCCGAAAUAAGUGGAAUAUAUGAACGGCAACUCGUCAGAAGUCACAGGUGACAUGUUGGGCAAGAUAUUUCUUUCGAGACAUUUCUCUAUGUUCGAAAGCACAUUUUUAAGCAACAACUAUAGGAUAUGAGAUAUGUACUUGUAAAAAAAUGUUCACCGUUAUAUAUAUUUCAGAUAUUUGGCAAGCACUUACAUGGAGUCAAUUUAUGCAAGGAAUGUAUUUCCAUGUUGGGAUGAGCCGGAAUUUAAAGCAAAUUUCAAGGUCAAUAUUGUACGCCACAAAAAUUUCCAUUCGCUUUCAAACAUGAAUUUGGAAAGUACGGAAGUUUUGUACGAUGAUUGGCAUGUCGACAGAUAUGACACCAGUGUGAAAAUGUCCACAUAUCUGUUGGCAUUUGUAGUUUCACAGUUUUCGAAUAUUCAGAGGACAGACAAUAGAGGACGAAACGUGAGUGUUAUCAAUUACGCAAAAGUUUUUGUAACUCUCCAUGCAAUACUUUUGUGAUGUACUGAAAUCAUGUAUAUCCAGGUAGAACCAUCAUGAGAUUGCAUGCAACCGAUCAUCCGAGAUGGUUCGGGAUAUACAUAGAUAUACGUUACAUACAUACCAGCAUUCACUGUGAAGCAGUAGCAGUUCCUCGGUGUUUCAAUGUUAUAUGAGCAGGCUUACAAUGCCACAGUGAUGAUAGAAACUAAAACAGAACACCUGAAUAGAGAAUGUUCCAUACAAGUAUUCAAAAGCACAAGUAUUGUUUGAUGCUGCAAGCCAUUGUUUUAACAAUGCUGGGUUCUCUGUGUUUCAAUCAAAUCAAAGUGGUUGAAUCACUCGUGUCAUUGAAAACAGUCUCUUCUAUCAAAUUUAGCAAUAAUGACCUAAAGUUCAUUUAAUUUUUUCAUAAGACUGAUUCAUUGCUGGAUAAAAUAAUUCUUUCAUUUAGUUCACUGUUUGGGCAAGACCGGAUAAAAUUCGAUCAGCUGAAUAUGCACUUGAUAUUGGCAUAAAAUUAUCGGGAUACUUUGAAGAUUAUUUUGACAUUCCCUAUUCACUUCCUAAAAUGGGUAGGUAUUUCACACAAAUGUGUUUACGUUUAAUAUAUGUGUAAUUAAAUACUGUACAAUGUAAACUAUGCAACCAAACAAUAAGAUCCAAAUAACUGAAAGGGAUGCAUGAUCAACCAAAUCAAAUGUUAUUUUAAUUACGCUAAUUAUAUUUUGAACUGGAGUGGACUGAAUCAUAAUAAAUAUAUUCAAAAAAUAAAUAAUACCUUUGUAUUAUCCCAAUGAGUAGAAACAUUAAAUUUUCUGAUAUAUCGUGACUCAAUGUAAGUCACUUCUUCAGAGAACAAAUAACCACAUCCAAAACGAAAGUAUUCAGCCAUUUAACUGCGGUAAAUAUUUGCAUACAUAUUGAUGUGCAUAAGUAUUCCUUUUUAUUAGGAAUGCACAAUAAUGUAUCUAUGUGUGUAGCUAUUUAUGUAGGUUUGUAUGUAUGUACGUGUGUAUGUCAUUAGAACCGUUUACAUUUGCAAUAUAUCUUCCAUCAUGUUUUCAGAUAUGAUUGCUAUUCCUAACUCUUCAAUAACGGCAAUGGAAAACUGGGGUUUGAUAACUUAUGAUGAAAAUAAGAUGUUAUGGGACGCAGAAAACGGUUCAAUAAAUACCCUAAUUGAUGUGACGUUUUCUGUCUCACAUAAACUUGCUCAUCAGGUAUGCUUUUAAAUGAAGAACGAAAUGUUAAAUUCAAUUUAUAUCUCUUCAAUUUAAAGGUCGUUCGGAUAAUAAAUUUACAAUACUUGGAAAACGAUCGAAAACUGAUUCAUUGUGGUUUUCGACUGCAGCAAUUACAACACAGAAUACCUGAUAUUUCCGGCUAGCUAGUUUCGUUUACUUCAUUAAGUUGGACUCUAACAAUACAGGUUUCUAAAUUUAUUCAGUCCCUGUCCAUUGUUGAUAAACGUGUUAAGUGAAAUAAUUAUUCAAAUGAUCCAAGAGAUUUCUUAAAUUUCUGUUGAUCAUUCAUCACCUCAUAUGCCAUUAUUAUCAGAAUUCGGUUUACUGACAAGCUCAGUCACUACUUUAGCUAUUUUACAUGUGGUUAUAUUAAAAAUAUAGCACAAUAACUGCUCUCAUGUAUUCAAUUCUCACACGUUGUAGUUGAAUCCCAUCAGCUACUCAUUUGCACUACACCAUUCAGAAUUCCUUUACAACUAGGAUUCAGGAACGGAAUAUAAGAUGUCAUCACAAUGUACAAGCAUCAUUUUUAACAAUAUAAGUGUACGACCUUAUGUAAAUAUCGAAAUCGAUUGAGCAAUCCAAAUAUGCUACGUUUAUCAAUUUUCAACUUAAACACUUUUCUUUCAGUGGUUAGGAAACUUGGUGACAAUGAAAUGGUGGGAUAACUUGUGGUUGAACGAAGGCUUCGCAACAUUUUUCGAAUACAUCGGAGUACAGUUACUACAUCCUGACUGGAAAGUAGUAAGUUGAGUGUUUUCUUUGAGGAUAUUAUCAGUUCGCUGUUUCAUUUUGCACGUGUCACUUGUCAUUUCAGAAAUUGUUUUCAUAAAACCUGUACAUGCUGCAUAGAAGCGGGUAUUUAUAGACGAAGUUUUGCAUCGCUGAACACCACACACACAGAAUGUUUAGCAAAUUGCAUAUAUUCCUAAAAUUUAAGAUUUAUUAGAACUCUAUUUCAUUCGUCCAAAAUGGUAAUUUGACUUUAAUUCAAUUAGUGGGAAUUGUUUGAAUUCACUCUGUAAUAAGAAGGAAGAAUUUAAUUAGUUUUCAGGUGGCACUUGAAGAAUUCACAAAUGAUGAGAUAAUUAAUGACCCUUCACUAAAUGAUAGCGAAUGUUUGAACAAAUUUAGUACACAUUAUGAUUAUAUUGUGGAUAAUAUUGUUAUCGAUAAAGAUGAUUUUUUUCUUCGAUGAAUAGGAUGAAUUAUUCAUACUGAAUGAAUUGAUGCCUGCACUUGAUAUUGAUACUUUGAUGUUAUCAAGACCAGUCAUUUAUCCAGCUAAUACUACAAUACAAAUCAUAAGCAUGUUUGAUUUAAUAACCUAUGAUAAGGUCAGUUCUGUAUUGGCUGUUGAUUUUUUUCAAAUGUUGUAUUUUAGUUUUCUGAAAAUUGAAAUAUUGUGUAUGAGAACACCAUAUAUGGAUGAGCAUUAUUGCUUUCAAAUAGAUCCCUGUCGGAUUUGACUCUAAUAUACAGCAAUAUUUAUAAGGAUGUACAAAAUUAUUGAACCAAUCGAGGGAGUCGAUGAAUCAGGGAUAACAGUGGAGUAGAUUACACAAAUAAACAUAAUAAUUAUGGAGCACGAAUUAAUGGUGUGAUGACAGGUGCACUAGUUGUGAUAAGAAUAUGAAAAUCUCGUAUCUAUGUUUCAUAAUUGGAAACAGGCAAAUGACUUGAAAAAUAUAGAUGCUGAAAUAACGUUCAUAAAAGCUGUAACAUCACGCAGUUAUACGUUAUCAGAUAAUUGGACAAUAAGGCAUAUAUUUGAUAGAUAAGUGAGCAGGGAGGUGGAGAAAAAUAAACGAUCAAUGAAUAUGCAAUAUAAUAGUGAGUAAAAUCUCUUAGUAACACUAAUUCAGCCAAGGGAGAGUCAAGGCUGUUACAAAUUUCUGUUGACAACUAGUUUCAGUAGAGGUUCUAAGAUUCCAACUAAACAUCUUGAUAUUGAGAAACUCGUUAUUCAUAACAAUUUCAACACAUUUCUAAGUAGUCAUAAACAAUGCUGUGUAACUGAUUGAUGUAUCCGAAUAUUUGAGUACACUCCUGACAUUCGAAAUCAUAAAGUUCAUCAUUCUCUCAUAUUUGCAAUUAACAGAAUUGUGUAUGUUUUAAGAUGAUUACACAACAAAAUUUCAGUGAUGUUUAAACUUGAGCUUAAUAUCUAGGUUGAGACUACGAAAACGAGUAUUUUAUUUACACGAUAGAAAACAGUCACUACCUGAAUGAUUGCAUAACAUUUGUUAGACCAAGUAAAUGAAACGAUCCACGCGUAAUUGUAAUUCUCCAAAGUUCUUACGUGAAUUAACCAAACAAUAGUACACGGUCAUGUUCCACUUUGUGUGAAUGCAUUAUAAUGCGAAAGUGUUUAGUGUUUGACGAUGUGACAUAUUCUAUUCAACAACAAUAAUAUUCCUAAGGGCAUCUUGACUUUGUUAUCCAUUUGGAAUAAAAUCAUUUGUUUCCUGCCGUCGGCCGGACCCAAGUAAACUGAUUGACCAAUCUAACUUACCUACACAUUCAUCUCGUAUUUCAUGUAUAAUAAUAUUCUAAAUUGCAUUAACAGGGCGCCUCUUUGGUUUGGAUGAUGGAGAAGUUCAUGGGCCGUAGAGCGUUCCAAAACGGUGUAAAAGUACGUUGACAGUGGUUCUUUUGUUGUAACUGAGUGUCCUAUUAUCUGGACUCAAGGGUCACAUUCAAUAGUGAACUGAUUUCUUUUCGCUGACCAAGUAUUUUUGAAGUUCUCUUCGAGACUUUCCAAUGCGGAGAGUCCUCAUAUCAUUUGCUUAGCUAUUAAUCAGUACUACGUAACUUAACAGAACCCAGUACUGAUUGAUCACCACAGUCAUCAACACAAGUACUCUUUAACACGCCAUAACACGUUUUUAUCAUCUGGCACUCUACUUAAUAAAAAGCUUGAACUCGUAUGUCGUCAUGAACAAAUGGAAAAUGCUUUUAAAAUUAAAUGUUGUCUGACCAACUCAUAAUCCAUAUUCACUAUAACUAAAUUAGUGAGAUAUUUUAUAUCAAGUCGGUGUAUAUGUCGUUACAAACGAAUUAUGUUAAACAGACUUCACUCACCAUUAUAUCUGAUAGAUCGUUGGUUGAAAUUGUAUCCCACCUAAUUAUGUACAGUAUAUCUGUCACGAUCUGUCAUCAGUUGCACUAAUGUGAGUGAAUAUUUCUGAGUAUAAAAUCGGUUUGGAAAAUACAAAAUUUAUUUGGAUGUACUUUUAUCGUGAUGAUCUCAAAAGUUUGGUGUUCAUAAUGAUAAGAAAGAUCAGUGUAUGUAACAUUUUGAGGGACACUUUUUGAACAUUAAACCUUUGUGUUUAUUCUCUAUUCAUAAAUAGUCGCCGAAUUGCUGCUAGAUAUUUCAUAUAUAUAUAUAUAUAUAUAUAGAGAGAGAGAGAGAGAGAUCAUCAUUUUGCUGAAAAGUGUCCAUUGGCUGAACUUCUCGUUUUUAAUGGUCUAACAGUCAUGUGAAACGGAUAUUAGUGUACUACAACAAAACCGAUCCAGUGAUAAAGAACACCAACAAUAACUGAUAUGUGAAUUUUAGAUGGUAAAGUUCGGAUAUUUCUGUUAUGUUCAUCAACCUCACUUCAACGUGAAACUUAUUUCGAUUGUGGGUGGUAUUCUGGAAGAAUGCAGAGACACAACACUGAGCUGUAAUGUUUGCUGUCUAGGCUUAAAUCCUAUGAUUGAAUUCAUGAUAACUUGCAAAUUGUAAUCCGGAAAUGCUCUAUAUAGUACUUUUUUCUGUGUUUGUUUAAGAGAUACUUAAUUCAAAACCAAUAUAAGAACACAGAUGAAAAGGAUUUAUGGAAGGCAUUAUCUGAAGUAAGCAUCUGCUGAUUAUUACAUCAAUACAAAAACAUUUUGUGUAAUGCAUUUUGUUGUUGAGUUCCUUUCAUUAUUUCUCCUGAUGGUAACACAUUUUGUUAUUACUGAACAGAAUUAUCGCCUUGAAAUAUAUUUCAAAAUAGAUCAAAUAUUUAUGGUAUCAUUUAAUGAAUAAUUUCGUUAUUCAUAUUCCUAUGUACUAUCUGUUCGCACACACUGUUCCGACUUAUUCUUUGUUGUUAUUCUGAAAAAACACUAGACUCCAUGUUAGUAGUAGUUGGAGUUUCAUCCAUUGACUCAUUCCAUCGAUUAAAAUUACAGUGAUAGAACCUCAAUAAUCAGUUUGUGUACGUGAUCAUGCUUAAGCAUGCUGCAAUAAAUUAUUUAUCCACCUACUACAUUCCCAAUAAAUGAACUUAUAGUGAAUGGUCUUAAACAAUGAGUGAAUUUAACUGUAUUUCAUUCAGUUAUAUCCACCACUAUUCUUGAAACACGCCGCAGAUCAUUGAAACACAAAAACAUUUGCGAUACUGUAAAAUUAUUUGUCAAAAGUAUAAGGCCAAUAACCUAAUCAAAAUUUCGUUUCAAUUGCAUAUCAGGAAUGGAAUACUCAAGUAGAUCAUUUGGACAUUGGAUUUAUUAUGGACUCUUGGACUAAACAAAGGAAUUAUCCACUAGUGAUUGUAAAGAGAAAUGGGUCAAAUGUGUUCAGUUUUGAGCAGAUACGUUACUUUCAACACUAUGGUAACAAGUCAUCUCAAACAAAUCGUGAGUAAGUGAAAUAUAUAUUAAUUUAGACAACAUCCGUAUUCAGAGAUUAUAUAUGAAGAAAAGUGAGUUUGUGAUGUAUGCAACAUUUGUUAUGGUGUUGCGUGGUACUGGUGUCGAUAGAUAUAAUUAGGACGUACCAUCAAGUGGAAGUGAAUGCCUGGGGGCGGAAGGUUACCAAGAUCGAAGAGAGGAGAAGGUGAACAGAGAAUGAUUAGUGUGGAAAUGAAGAAAUAAUGAAGUUUGAGACAAUUGAUUGCUGUUUUGCGAAUGAACUAGUUGCUGUAUUGCUCUCACUACAUUUUCAUUAGGUUAUCUUAAAUCAUUGCCAUUUACCAACUUACAUGACGAGAUAAAAAGGCAAAAUCAAGUUUGACUCAUUGCGAUUUUCAACCAACAUAUCUUCCGUUUCUUAAUAGGUGUAUUAUUGUUUUAAUUUUCCAGUGUAAUAUUUUAUUCGUCAUAACAAUAAUUUAUUUCAGCGUGGUGUUCAUUCAAGAUACGAUAUACUCGUAUUAAAUUAAAAUAACCUCUGCUCAACAUGAAAUGUAGCAUGUGAUUUGUUGAAAUUCUCUGUGUUUUUCAUUUAUAUGAUUUUAUUCCAAUCGUCAAACGAAAUGGGCGUACGAUCAAUGUAUGCUGAAUGUCUUUUCGACUACGAUCGUUGUAAUAUUUUCGGGUUAAUCGAUUUCGUCAAUCCGUGUAUUUGUAAUUCGUGUCGUGGGAAAUGCAUUGGCUUCUCGUUUUUUCAAGCAUUCGGUAACAUGGAUAUUAACAUUAUCUAUGGGGAUUUCGGAAAAGUGACAGUAUUAGUGGAAGCCUUCAUGUACCUGGACAACACAAUCGAUGACGAAAGAGGACUCGAUGCAGAUGUGUGGGCGAGGGUUGGCAAAACAAGGACCACGUUCUUAUAGUUGAAGUACAUAUGGAACUUCGAACAACUGUAUGCAAGCAAACAUCAUAGUCAGAAUGUUGAAUACAAACGUCGAAACAGUUCUGUUGUACUGAGCGGAAACGUGGAGAACUACCAAACCAUCAUAAAAAAUGUACGAGCAUUUGUGAACAAUAGUCUGCACAAGAUGCUCACUGUCCGUUGACCAAAUACAAUCAGCAGCACUUUACAUCGGGAAACAACAAACCAUCAUUCGAAUGAAGAGGAAAUCAAAGAAAAGAUUUUGGAGUUCGAUAAAAAGUACAUUGUAGAAGGGAUACUCGGUAGUGGAUUAAACUAACCGAUAUUCCUAUGUACUUGAAUUCGAAAUCCAACUUGACCUCUGUCUAUCAACUAGCAUUAUCAACAUGUGUUUUGUUAUGGUACUCGAUCAAACUGCCUGUUUUUGAUUAUUAUAUUUAUAGUUUGAUAGCUUUAAAUGUUCAUUAUUAUACCCUUUGCUUCAUUCAGAUACUCCUGGAGAAUACCAAUCACUUAUGGGUCAGCAAGAACGCUGAACUGGACAAAUGUCGAUAUUGUGUGGAUGGUGAACAAAAAAAUGAAUCAAACAAUGAACAUAAGCUCAGACGACUGGUACUUGGUGAAUGUAAACCAAGGCGGAUUUUAUCGGGUUCACUACGCUGACAAUAACUGGAUCUUGUUAAUCAAUCAAUUGCAAAGGAAUUUCACGGUUUGUUCAAAACUUGUGUUUCUCUCAGUUAUAAAUAACUAUCCUAUCAAAUAUUUUAAAUAUAAUCUUGUUAGUACCAUGUAAAUUGAUGAAUAAGCAUAAUUAUGAUGAUAAAGUUUGUAGAAUGUGAUAAGCGAUACAGGAUAUUUUAAUAUAAACUAGUGAGAAUGGAUCUUCAUUCAUUGUGAAUAUCCAACUUUAAUCAUUGUCUUAAAAUGAAUUCAUAUGAAACACACCACCUCUUAAGUCAGACGGCAUGACCAUUUACCAACUAAACAUAUGAAACCACAUGUAAAAUAACUUUUUGUCAUUUGACAUAAGGACGCCCUAACGUAAUUAGUUAUAUGAAUAUUUACUUACCUACUUGAUUAUCUACUUACUUACCUACUUACUUAUAUAAUUGCACACUGGAUUUCUGUUGCCUGACAAUACGUGGAACAGCUUAGGCUGCCAACUAGGAUUCUCCAAACUAUUUUAUCCUAGCCUCCUUUCUAAUCGUCGAAAAUCGUUUUUCAAUUUUUCGAUAUGCCUCGAAUUCUCGACGCAACAUAUUCUUUGGUCUUCUUCUGUACCUCUUGCCUUCUGGAUUCGAAGUGAGUGAUUGUCUCGAGAUUCAGCCUGAUGGUUAACACAACGCUUGUCGUACCCACCUCCAACGGCUCGUCGUGCUUUCAUACUCAGAUGAAAGUUGGUCUUCUUUCUGACACAGUGUGUUUCUGUUGAUGGUAUCUGGUUAACUGAUAUAGAGUGUUUUGUUCAGACAACUGUCUAUGAACACAUAAACCUUUUGAUGAUGACUAUGGCAGUUCUGCAAUUUUCAGCUCAGUACACUAUAACCGUCUCGAUGUUUGUGCUGAAGAUUCUGUAUUUGACUCAUAUGUCUUCCACUGUAGGAGUAGUGCUGUUACUUUGCCAAUCCUUGCCUCUGCAUAUACCACACAUCCUCAUAGUUAAUUGAUGGAUCUUCCCAGAUAUGUGAAUUUUUCCACCCCUUCCGGAGCUAAUCCAUCAAGUGUGAUUUGGUUGGUUUUCUCCAUGACUCAUUUGAGGAUCUUGCUUAUUCUUUUGUGAGUGUUGUGGCCUACUGCUCUAGAAGCCGCUACUACACUGACUGUCUUCACCUGGAUUGUUGGUGUGCGUGAUAUAGAAGAGCUGAGUCAUCUACUGAGUCCAUAAUAUCCAAGUGAAUUGAGGCUGUCCAAUGUGUUUCAUGCUUCUCCUGAGACGCGGUUGUUUCCACAAUUCAGUUGUCUGCUGGAAGGAAGAGAAACAGCCAUACUGGGUAUCCUGCAGCCCAGCAACUCCAGGCGUGUCAAAGUUACUGCCUCAUUUUCAGCUGUUCCCUAUGAUAGUUUCCUGGUGCCUGAGUAGAAUUUCAAACCUUCGAAUAUAUUAUUGAGAUUCAUUUUUAAUUCGUUCUGGUUGUCAGCAUCUACUAGAAAUAAUGCAUUGAAUAUUUCAAUGCUGUUUAUACAGUUGUCCAUCUUCCCUUCGUCUUCAGUUUUAUCUUAGCCACAACUGGGUGGUAUUAUGAAGCCAUGUCAACCACUCUCUUUGUUAUCACGUAUAAUGUAUAGUGACGAGUUUCAUUCAGUUGAUUGUCCAACUUCUAUCUGCAAUCUUUGCGAUUUCUUUUGCUUACAAACGAUCCCUAUGAAAUCCGGAAUGUCGGUCUCGAAUUUGGUAGUCUACUGAGUCUCAUGAUCGAUUCAACAACACUGUGUUGAAAUCAUUGUAAUAGAACCUAGAGCACGUUCGCAGGUAUUUCUGUGCCUGAAUUCAACGUAUCAGUUGGUAUGCUGGCUGACACUGCAGCUUCGAAUUCCAGUUGUUUUAGUGGAACUGGUCUAUUACAGUGUUGUUCAAAGUGCUGUAACAAAAGCCAGGUAGAGUUCUAUGACUUGUGUUGAUGAUUUUUGUGGUUGAGCAACUGACCCGUUGAAUGUACUGCUUCUUUAUUCUUCUUCUAGUUAUGCUCCUGAGUAGUUCACUCUCUUGGAGUAGAUCUUGUAAAACUUGGAGAUUGUUGCUGAGAUCUCUCAUGAAAAUAUAAGAACGCAAAUAACAAUGUAUAAAGUGGAGAACGUGAAAGAAUGAAAUCAAAAUAUCACCCAUUUUAUUAACUCGAGAGAUUACCAACUGUGUAGAAGUUGAGUGGUAGAAAUACGAAGUGAGAGGGAAUAUUAUAUUCAUGCAAUAUUUACAUUUGAUCAAAUGUUGUCAGACAUUUAGUGUCGCAAACUAAGAUAUAAUCUUUUUGGAAUCACAUUCAUUUUACUGAUUGUAUUUUACAUUGUGAUUCAAUGUUCUACAAGGUAUUUCAAUUUUUAUGUAUAUUUUUCAUGUCUAGGCUAUUCCAGUCUUCUCACGCUCACAAAUAUUGAAUGAUUUAUUCAGUCUUGCAAAGUAAGUGUGAAGUGGAAAGAAACCAAUUUCCUUUUUGGGAUGAUAUAUAAUCUGUUACAAAAUACCAGGCUAGUUAAUAACUUUGAUUACAAAUACCGAUUGAAAACACGGAAAAUUGAUGGAAAUUAGUCAAUAUUUAAAAAAGAUUGAGUAUUCGACAUUUCAUACCAUCUGAUUGUAAAGGAAAUACGUUUUAGAACUUCGAUAUUAUAAUUGAAUGCCACCCAUAAUAUGAAACCGAUUCUUUCAGAAAUACAAACUAGCACAACAGUUUGUAAAAGAAGCAAAACAGUUGGGGUAACGUAUAGUAAGCUGGAUUAGAAAUGUUUACAAUGAAUUGGAGUGAAUUCUCUGUGCACACAGACGUUUUGAAUACUGAAAAGUUCAGAUUGGUGUUUACGAGAUGUUUAUAUAAACUAAAAUGUCAGUUGAAGCCCAAGUACUCACACUCAGCUUCACAGACAUUUAUAUAAACCUUACGAUAAUAUAACGAUAGAUUAGUAUAAUCCCAAAGAGUUAAAGUACACUAUACACUAUAUGGUUUAAAACAUCUGUCAACACCGUCGGUUGGUUACUCAUUUAAUACUGAUUAAAAAUAUAACAUGUCGGGCGAAGUAAUUACACAGACAUAUAAACGAAGAAUACUCUUCUCAAUAAAUUUUCUUCAUGUUCUACAAUCACGAAUCUAAACUAGUCAUACGAAAAGUAUGAAGAAAAUUUUUCUUCCGACGGUAUCAUUUUCGGAAGCUGUGCAGUCGUAUUUAUAGGUAAUUUUUAAAUGUAGUAUUCUACGGUAAAAUAGCGGGAUUUCAAAUAUUUGUCAAACAUAGUCAAACUUAUUCAUGUGGGAGUCGAAAAAAGUAAAUUGAUUUUGUGUGAUACAGAAAAGGUUGUCACCUUAUGUAAUGGAUUCUGAAUUUAUGAGAGCUAAUGAUCCAUAAAAUAAAUGUUAAGCAUACCGGUCCACUUAUUCCAGGAGGAGACGAAAAAGCCAUUAAUAAGCACUUGCAAAUUGCGAAAUUCGAAGGGAUGCUGAGAUCAUGAAAGAAUAAAGCAUUGAGCAUGACUCUGGUGUACACAGAGUUCGAGUGUGAAAUAUUGAACUUCUAUAGACUCGGCUGUGAACAAAUUACUCAAACAAGUCUUUUUGAGCCUAUUUUUCACUUUACAAUUAGCUCAUAAUUAUCUAUUUUGUUUUGCUUUGGCCUCCUUGUCAGUCAACAUAUCGUACCGUAUACUCAUUUCUUGAACGCAACAAAAUAUUUAAACCGCGAAGAUGAGUUUAUUGUAUGGAUAGCAGCCAGUCGAGCGCUGCUUUACAUUAACAAGGUGCUUGCUCUGAAUGAGAAUUAUGAAGAUUUCCAAGCAUACUUGCGAACUCUUAUCGAUAACCGAAUUCGAUCAGCGAAUUGGUCAUUUGUUGGCAAAGGUCAAGAUCUUCCAAAGAUACGUUUUGACUAUACUGUGAUCAAACUCGCUUGUAUAGCUGAACAUCAUCUUUGUGUGAACAAAACUUCGGAUCUCUUCAGACAAUGGAUGUCGAAACCCGAAACGAACCCCAUACGACCUGAUUUGAGAUUCAUUACUUAUUGUACAGCUAUUCGUCAUGGUGGUCAUGUAGAGUGGAAAUUUUUAGAAGGUCAGCUGACGUUGAACGAUUCUGUAAAUGAGGAAGAUACUGAAAACAAGAUGUUGGCAUUAACGUGUUCUCGUGAUACAGAAAUUAUGAAAGAGUACUUAAAGCGAGUAAGAAAGAACGAGAACUUGUGGUUUACGCUUGACUAUUUCGCGAAGUCUCCAGUUGGUAACCAACUAUUAUGGGACCACCUGAGUGAUGUACAUAAUUUUGAUAAACAUAAAGACUUUACGGAAUUCAUACUAAACGCACUAGCUAAAUAUCCUUACUCAUUGUUUAGUGGAAGGAAUUAUGAAAAGAUCCUCCUAACAGAAGCUAAUAAUCAAAUAGACCCAGAACUUCGAGAAAAGCUCAAAUAUUUAUUUGAGAUAUCCAGCGGAAAACGAACAUGGACUGAAGUAUAUUCUGCCAUUAUUCAGUGGUUGAAAAAAAAUAUCCCAAUUGUUACCCAUUCAUUAUAGAUCAGUACCGUUGAUGAAGAUCAACCGAGUGUUCAAGCAUAAACGAUACGAGAUAAUUCUUUCGACUUCCGUCAUUGUUAGCAUUAGUAUCUUUUUAUUCUAUCAAGCCUUAGGACAUUUAUAUGUUACUCCAUAUUCACACCAGCACUUUGAAUGAUUGCCUGUAGUAACUCGUAGUAACUUUUACUGGAUAUUUGUAUUCAUUCAUACAACACUGACGUUAUAAUAAUUUUGUUGUGGAUUUUGAUUCAAAAUGUUCAAUAUACAGAAUGUCACAUAAAAAUAAAUAUUGUUCUCUUAAGGCAUAUAAAAUGUGAUUCUAGCUGUGUAAAAAAUACUUGUUAUAUUUCAACCAUAGCAAAUCACUUCAAAAACAUGAACACUUAACCCAUUUAAAAAAAUAAAUCUAAUAACUAAUUCAUAGGUUGAAACUAAACUAAACUAUCCAAUGACGUUCUUAAAAAAUGAUGUUGAAGUUUACAAUCUGAUAUCAAAUCGCAUCUGCUUCCUGACCAGUUGUUUCAAUUUCCUAAUACCCGUAUGUCGAUGGCGCUGCAGCAUUAAUCCAGAUAUUUUUAGGCAAAUACAAAUGAUCGGUAUUAAAUCCGUGAAAGUAAUCAAAUGUUUCACCAUUACAAACUUCUAGGGAAUUGACAGUGUCAGGUCUAUCGAAGCGUCCAGGUCACUCAAUUGUGAUACGCGUAAAACGGAAGUUCGCAAAACAAAGAUUUAUCUGCAAUAGCGGUUCUUUAUUGAAUAAUACGCAAACUUUAGUUACAAACCUCAGCUUGUGAGGUGUCUGUGGCGUUUAACGCGUCCUUCUGCAUAAAAUAAAAAGGCUUCGGUAGUACAAAAGACAGCUGAUAGGUGUGUCUAAAUUUGGUAAGUUAAUCAACAUUUGAAACCCGAAACGGGAUCAAAACAAUUUGGAAACUGUUGCGUUUAAACAAAUGCACAAAACUGUAGAUAACUGCUACAGUGAUUAAGGUAAAGUCAUUGUAAUGAGAAAUACAUUGGUUAAUACAAUAAGCGUUAUAAUUGUAUGUAAAUAUUUCAGAAUAUUACGCGACAACUUGCGUUACAAGGAAAGUCCAAACUUUACUGGGAAUACAACUAUUUUCUGAAUGUGAAUAAGUAGUAUAAAACGAUACUAAAAAGAGUGAAGGGGAAGCGAGUAAGAACAAUGUAAAAGUAACUUAACAUCACCCAUCGAAGACAGCAUGUUUUCCCUUACUCUCACGGACUAGAUAUUUAGUGUGGAGACAAUCAGAUAUGACAAUGGUACAAUUUACUUUAGCCACAGUCAUUCCGCAAUGUCUUACUGUUAUAGCUAAAAGCUGCCAAUCAGAAACAGCAAAUUAUCGAUCGAACCAAUGACGCGUAAAGCAAGUGCGUGCAGUCUAGAGUCCCAAUUGGUCUUGCUUUCCGCCUAUCUCAGCCAGUUAAUUCCAGAACACCACUCUCAGCCUAUGUGAUAUAAUUCAUUAUAUUUCAAACAUACUGAAUUAAUAUACCAAUCAAACAGACCACAACGUAGCAUAUAAUAGAAAAUGACAUUUGUACAAAAUUUGGUCAGAUGUGGCUGUGAAUGUGUGAGACAGUGACUAAUAUAGGGCUUAAUUCAAGAGUGGCAAAACGUAAAAUAAUGGUUUAUAGGUCAAAAUAAAGUUUAUAAUAAGAGGAAUAUGAAUAUGAAUAGUCUAGUUAUUUAACAAUCAUACGAUAAAAAUAUACGUUUAGUAUUUGUCCAUAAAAGGAUCCCAAAGUUACUAUUCAUUAUGUUUCUCGGGACCUAACACUUUCUACAUUCUACUACUCAACAGUCUUCUCAUUCUAAUAAGCAAAUUUUACGUAUAUCACUAGUGAUUUUACCUCUCAGUGUUCUGGUCUUUGCUUGUCUGACGAGACCAUCUUCUCCUGGAUCAGCACACACCGCCAGAACUUUAGGUCAGUUAUUUCGUACGUACGUAUCUUCAAUGAUAAAGACCCACCCUGGAUUAACCCCCCUCUUUCGACCUCUGACCUGUUUCUAGCAUAUAUAUAUAUAGUUAUUAUUGUAAUCAAGUUAUUUACACUCAUUUAUGUCAAUUGUUUCACACUAUCUCCAUGUAAAAAUUCUAUCACAAUUUUGGUUUGUAAGCAGCUGACGAGAAACCUCGAAAUAAUAUGAAUUCAUACUAUUCUGCAUCAAUGUUUGUUCUUGCUCUAUUUAAAUUCAUAAAGGGAACCAAUUGCAUGAAAGACCAGAUCGCCAGCUUACAAAUCUCGCACUUUUUGUGUCCACUUUGUUCGCGUCUGCAAGAGUGACAAAUUUUCCUUUAUCCAUCGACGCCGAAAUGUAGUUGCCAAAGGUUCUGCUUGUCGCCAUUGUCGAGAAUUACGUUCGCGUAGGUUUAUUUCGAUGUGAUGAAGGUGAGGUAUUCUUAAGAACAGUAAGUUCUUGGGUGACCAUGUUUUGAGAUGUUCUGGGUUACGGUAAACUGGUAACAACCGUAUACCAUUAAGUAUUUGUUCUACUUCAGUCGAAUGAGUGGUGUGUCUCAAAAGUAGAGUUUGUUCACUAGAUACUGAGCUCAAAGUUCUACGUACGCUUCUUAUUAAUCUUUCCCAUAUUCCUCCACGACGGCUUGCUUAGGGUGUGUAGUUGCGCUGCUCGAUGUUCUGUUGAGUCAUUUCUUUAGCUGCUCUAUUAUCUUAUAUAUCUGGUGAUGAAAGUUGUAGCUCCUUCUCUAACCCAACGAAUGUAGAUCCUCUAUCACUGCAUGCCUUCUUCGGCCCCCCUCUGUGAUUUGAAUAUUGCGACAACGCCAUCAGAAAGUAAUCGGUUGAUAAUGCGCAGACAACGUCUACAUGAGUAGUUCGGGUGUUGAAACAUGUAAGCAAACAACCAUAACACUUCCGGAAUUCGCGCCCCUCUUUAAUCAUGGUCGGGCGGAAAUAAUCUACCCUAUUGUUGCGAAUGGAAAUCGGGCGUUUUCCUCGUGGAUGAUAAGUCUCCCAUCAGUUGUGACAUUGGUCUGGCCGAUUUAAUCCGACGUCCUACGCAUCUACGUACAACUCUCUUGAUUGCAGCAGUGCUCUUUAAAAUCCACUAUCUUUUAUAUAAGGUGGCUAAUUUGUGGUACACCCCCAUGUGUCCUUCAGAUUGAUGAUGUUGGAUAACGAGUUCAGUUAUAGGGUGCUUACUAGGAAGAAUAAUCGGGUGCUUCUGCUCUUCGGGAGGUCGCUGCUGUUCAAACGUCCUCCUACACGAAUCAGGUUGUCAAUUACUAAUGGUCGUAACUUAAUAAUAACAUAAUUCUUGGAAGUGAUACUGUCUGAAUGUUUGUGCCGCUUUAUCCAGUGACUAACUUCCACGAAUUUCAAUAAGUCCUCGGCAUUGUCUAAUACAUUAGGCGAAAGAGGUCCGCUACCCAUAGCUUUCUUGUGGAGAUAACGUUUGAAUCUAGUGAGCCAAGCCAAGCAUUGUUUGAGUUUGGUCCAUGACGAAAAAUACGAUAUAAAUCUAUCAAAAAGAAAAACUACAGUCGUGGUG